AUGGCUGAAAAGGAACAUGCUCAAAUUACUCCAAGUGGGAGUUCUAAAAGUCGAGCAAAAGGACGAGGUCAAAGAGCAACCCGCCGUAAGACAUAUUUCCAAGGGCGAGAAGUCGUACAGAUUGGUGUCCCAAAACAGACGCAAACAUUAAGAAAUCUGAGCACGAUGGAGCACCUAUACAUGGAGGGAUCUUCUGUAAAUUACAACUUUCUCCCAAAUAUUGGACAAAUGACUUCUCUCUUGGUGUUCAGUAUAGCUUUUGGUGACAAUCAUGGCACCCUCCCUAAUCAAGGCUGGUGUGAUCUCAAACACAUUCAAGAGCUGGAUUUUUCAGACAAUGAUUUUUGGGGAACAUUGCCUUCAUGUUUUAGAAACUUGACAUCACUUUGACGAUUGAGUUUUUCUGAUAGUUAAUUCAUGGGAAAUAUAGGGUCACAUUCUAAUUGGAGGAGACUCACAUCACUUGAGUACCACGAUAUUGCGGAUAACCAAUUUGAUGUUCCUCUGUCAUUCAGCCAAUUUUACAACCAUACGAAAUUGAUCUACUUGGGUGUUGGUUAUAAUACAAUAAUUACAGACACUGAAUUCCAAAAUUGGAUCCCAAAUUUCCAGUUGGAGUUUUUUAGUAUCAGGAAAUGUAAAAACCUUCAAAAAUUGCCUUGUUUCCUUCACUACCAAUAUGACUUGAGGAUUUUUGUUAUAGAUGGAAAUCAAUUGGCAGGAAACUUUCCAACACGGUUGUUAGAAAAUAACACCAGACUUACAGGGAUUUAUAGUAGAGAUAAUGAUUUCAACGGACCAUUCAAGUUGCGAUCGAGUCAUCACCUCCAUCUUCAGACGAUUGAUGUUUCUAAUAACAAAAUAAAUGGGCAUAUUCCAGAAAAUAUGAAUUCAGCAUUCCCAAAGCUUACCAGUUUGAACAUGUCACAAGAUGAAGCUCCUCUACCUUCCAAGAUAAGUGGCAUUCAUUUAAAAUUUCUAGACCUAUCUCACAAUUUCUUAUGUGGAGGAGUUCCUAGUGAUCUGGCAAUUGGUUCUCCAGUAUUGGUUUACCUUCGACUGUCACACAACAAGUUAAAAGGUCAAAUUUUUCUGAAGGAUGUCAAACCAAAGAUGUUAUAUUUUUUGUUCUUGAAUGGAAACAACUUUGAGGGACCACUACCUUGUAACAUGUUUAUCACAUCCCUUAUUGUAUUGGACGCUAGCAACAAUAAUUUCUCUGGAGAGAUUCCGAGAUGCAUUAGGGAUAAUACAAGAUUGUUACAACUUGAUUUGUCCAAGAAUCAUCUCGAUGGUUCCAUUCCAGUUGAGAUUUGCAUUGAAUCUAUCGCACAACCUUUUCAUCUUACCUUCUCCAAUCUACAGAAAAUCGAGAGUUUAGACCUUUCCUUCAACAACUUGAAUGGGAGAAUUCCUGUUGGUCUGAUUGAGCUCAAUUAUUUGGAAGUAUUCAAUGUUUCAUUCAAUAACUUAUCCGGUGCAGUGCCUGAUUUAAAAGCUCAAUUUGCAACUUUUGACAAAAGCAGCUACAAGGGAAAUCCUUUUCUUUGCGGUAAACCAUUAGACAACAAGUAUGAGAUGAGUCCUAAAUUAUCAAAUACCUCAAAGAUGAAUGGAGAUGAGGAAUCAUCAAAAUUGGAAGACAUCCAGUGUUUUUACAUUGGGUUAGUUGUGUCGUAUGGAGCGAUCUUGUUGGGAUUAGCUGCAGCCCUCUGCUUCAAUCGGCAUUGGAGAAGAGCAUGGUUCAGGAUGAUAGAGGCAUUGAUGUUUUAUUGUUACUAUUUUGUGUUGGACAACAUUGUUACACCCAUCAAGAGUAGAAUGUUGGUUAGUUAG